UACGCGUCUGGUUCAUGGCUAUUUUUACCGUAGUGAAUUUCCCAGCCCAAAAUAGAUCAAAAUCAUAGAAUUGCUUGACAGAAUUGACUGGACAGUAAAAAUAGCAACUGGGGAUAUUUAUACACAUCAUUUCGCAUUAAUUUGCAAAAGUCAUAGCAGGCAAUACAAGAACAAAUAGGUCAUCAUGGGAAGAAAGAAGAUCGCCAUUACAAGAAUCAAUGAUGAGCGAAACCGACAGGUGACGUUCACAAAGCGAAAGUUUGGCCUAAUGAAGAAGGCGUAUGAGUUGAGUGUGUUGUGUGACUGUGAGAUAGCUCUCAUCAUCUUCACGUCCAACAACAAGCUGUACCAGUAUGCAAGCUCGGAUAUGGACAAGGUGCUGCUGAAAUACACCGAGUACAAUGACACGGUGGUCAGUCAGACCAACAAAGACAUCGUAGAGAUGCUGAACAAGAAAGGCGAUGAGAAGGGAGACAUGGAUGAUGACGACUCCUACCAGCUGACUCCACAGACAGAGGCCCAGUACAAAAAGGUCGACGAGCAGUAUGCACGCGUUAUGACUGGACAGGUAGUCCCGCAUUUAUUGUUUGGGCAGCAGCCCGGGGUGAUGCCAGUGUCUGUGCCGGUUCCCAACGUGGCUUUCACACAGGGCCAGCAGUUCUCCACACAGGACCUCGGGGCCUCCAACAUUGUCCUGCUACAGCACCAUCCGGGCGGGGGGCUACAGGCCACUAACACCAGGCCCAUGCUCAGUCCUGGAGAUGGAGGUCGUGCCAGCGUGUCCCCUGGCCCCCAGCCCAGCUCCAGCCCUGUGCCCCAGCCGGUGGCCCUUCACCAGGUGAGGACCAGUCAGGACGAGGGGCAGGGCAAGGGCAGACCCAACCUGCGCGUUGUCAUACCCAACAAGGAUAGCCCUCCAUCACAGAAGCAGCAGAGUACAGCCCUUCAGACCCCUAUUGUCUCAAUCCAGACACCUAGCGGGGCCACCAUGCAGUCGGCACUGCUCACCAGUGGUUUGAACACUGCUGACCUUGAGAAGUUGAUGGAGCCCCUACUGAACCAGAUGAGCGGGGCCCAGAUGAGUGUUGGGCCCCUCACAGCAGCCGUACAGGCCUCGGGGCUCUUCAAUCAAGGACUGACGCUGACACCGACCAGUUCAGGCCAGCUUCAGUUCCCGAUGAUCAACAUGUCCCAGCUGAAGGCCCAGCUUGACAAGAACAUCAAGUUGGAGCCCCCAGAGUCCAGCAAGGCCGAGAACUUCGUGGGCCUCUCCCAGGCGCAGCUGUCCCGCCUCAUGUCCUCUGGUCUCGUCUCCACGGCAGGACUUGGCAUCAACACAAACACCAUAACAUUGCCGGCACAUCAGAUGUUGAAGGGUAUGCAGGGUAUGCAGGUCCCGGUGAUGUUGUCCAGCAACCCCAACCUGCAGCUGUCUACGGGGAACCAGUCAGGAGAGGACGGGGACCCGUCUCCAGCCAAACGGGCCCGCACCACUGACUCUGAUACGUGAUACCUUUGACCUGCUGUGGGUAGUGGGCAUUGUACAUAGAUACCUACCAUUAUCAUUUUAUCAUCUGAGCCGGGCUUGGGGGGGGGGGGGAUAAAAGGCGAAUAAAGACAGGGGGAGUCCUCUUGCUGGCUUUAUGAAGCUGUUGAAAAAACAAGUUAUUUUAUUAAUCCAAAGUGGAUUUACAAGGGGUUUGAAUUGAAAUUGGCAGAUUUAUCCAUUAUGUACAUUAAAUAUGUUUUAUAGAUCACCGACUAUUUAAAAAUAUACUUGAGCAAUUCAUAAAAUCAGAAAAUAACAUUUAGAAUUACAAAGUAUUUGUAAGUGAAUCAAAGCUACAUGCCCCAGUGUCUGGCGUCUAAGUUUUUUUAUAAAUCAUGUUUUCAUGUUAAUAAAAUGGUUGUUUUGACAGACACAUAUUGAUGUUUGUUGAAACCUGGUUUGUGCUUUAUGUAUCCAAUGUAGUAUUGUUAGUUAUCUGUUAUGGUAUUACUCACUGAAUUUUAACAUUUUUAUGGAAGCAAUGCUUCUGCUUUUGUGAUGAGAAAUAUACAAAUCUUACUGUCAUCAUUUGAUGGUUACUUUUCAUCAUUCAUGUGUUAACUAUUUUUGUUUUUCUACUUGAUUACCUCAUUCAAUUGGCCUUAAAUGAAUGGAGGGUUGAUUUUUUUUUAACAAAUUGAAUUGUAGCUUUUUACUAUUGUGACAAUUAAUUCGACGCCUAGUUAAAUAUCCUCUUUGUGGACAUUUUCAAUGACAUUUAUACGAAAGAUAAACAGUUAUGAUUGCUUAUUUCAGAUUUUUUCGCUCAUUAUAUCUGUUUGCAAUUAUAGUUGUUCCCAUAUCAAAUAAACUGUUUGUUUAUCAACAAUAAUUGGGUGGUGACUUCAGCAAAUUAGGCUUCCUUGUUAAAUCUUUAGCUGUCAUUCAUACAUAACCAAUGAAGUAAAGUGUAAAGUUGAAAUUUUGUAUGUACUCAAAUAUAUAUUAUCAUUCUGAAGGGCCAUUGCUGUUAUCCUUACUAUGCUUAAUUGAUGAAACUUUUUAUUUCAGUAAUACUUAGAUGAAAAAUGACUAUAUUUAAACACAAGACACAAUUAAUUAAGAAAAUGUAUAUUUAAAUUAAUAUAGUUCAGUCAGGGCUUGAAUUUAAUAUAAAAAAAUGAAAGUCUUGUCCUUAUCGCCUCUAAUAUUUGAAGUGUAGCACAUAUAGUUGCAAGUUUUGACAGUAUGUGACUCAUGUUAAAAAACAAACAGAAUUAAAAUGUGCAGUGCUCUGGGAAAAUAGAGCUUAAUGCAAGUACAUAAAGUGCCGUCCUGGGAAAAUAGAGCUUAAAGCAAGUACAUAAAGUGCCGUCCCAGACUGGCUUGUGCAGUAGGCAUAGGCUAAUAGGUUAAUCAGGGUUGAGACUUUCACCUUCUAUGGUAUUUUUUAUUCAAAGAAAGUCUUUUCUUAGUGAAAAUUCUGUUAAGGCAAAUCUUGGACAAUAGUGUACGUACAUGCAUUAAAGACUGUUCUCCCUGAGGGAGGCUCAAGUGUUGAAGUUCAGCCCUAUAUCAAUAAUUGCUUAUAUGCAAGUUCAUUCAGAAAAUGUUGGAAACAUUUUUACAUAAGAAAUUUAACAAAACAUAUUUGUCCUUCCACCCAUACUUGAUAGAACCUCCCUGAUUGUUAUUUUAUAAGUUUUGGAACUUCCAGAACUGCUAAUUAAGAAGUCCUCUGAACUAUAACUUGGAGUAACUUCUGUUGAUGCUCGCCUUUAACCAUUUUUAGCUAAUCUAUUUUUUGAAAAAAAAUUAUGAGCUAUUGUCAUCACCUUGGCAUCGGCGUCCGGUUAAGUUUUGCGUUUAGGUCCACUUUUCUCAUAAAGUAUCAAUGCUAUUGCAUUCAAACUUGGUGCACUUACUUACUAUCAUGAGGGGACUGGUGGACAGGCAAAGUUAGAUAACUCUGGCUUGCAUUUUAACAGAAUUCUGUGCCCUUUUUAUACUUAGAAGAUUGAUAAUUUUGGUUAAGUUUUGUGUUUAGGUCCAUUUUAUUCCUUAAGUAUCAAAGCUAUUGCUUUCAUACUUGCAACACUUACUCACUAUCUUAAGGGGACUGUGCAGGCAAAGUUAUGUAACUCUUACUGGCAUUUUGACAGAAUUAUGUGCUCUUUUUAUACUUAGAAAAUUGAAACUUUGGUAAAGUUUUGUGUUUAGGUCCACUUUAUUCCUAAAGUAUCAAAGCUAUUACUUUCAUACUUGCACCACUUACUAACUAUCAUAAGGGGACUGUGCAGGCAAAGUUAUGUAACUCUGAUUGGCAUUUUGAAGAAUUAUGGGCCCUUUAUACUUAAAAAAUUGAAAAUUUGGUUAAGUUUUGUGUUUUGGUCCACUUUACCUCUAAAGUAUUAUAGAUAUUGCUUUCAUACUUGGAAAACUCGCAAACUAUCAUAAGGGGACAGUAAAGGACAAGUUGCAUAACUCUGGUUGUCAGUUUUACGGAAUAAUUGCCCUUUUUUGACUUAUUAACUUUAAAUAUAUGGUUAAAUUUUAUGUUUAUAUCCACUUUACUUCUAAAGUAUCAAGGCUAUUGCUUUCAAACUUCAAAUACUUUCAUUCUAUCAUGAGGGUACUGUACCUGGCAAGUUGAAUUUUACCUUGACCUUUGAAUGACCUUGAAUCUCAAGGUCAAAUUAUUAAAUUCUGCUAAAAUUGGCAUAACUUCUUUAUCUAUGAUUAGAUUUGAUUGAAACUUUGACAAAACAACUCUUACCUGACAUACCACAAUAGACUCCACCCAAA